CACACUUGCCUUUUUCUCAAAGUGUUUUUCUGCUAAGCUGUAACCUCUUAACAAAGAGAUAAACAUCUCGGAAUUGCGAAAAAAGUGAACCGAUUUUAAGUCAUACAACUGAAUUGCACAUCCGUAGUGCUUGAUCUGUGGUGUGGAGUGCGCACAAUAUUUCAACAAUUGUGUGCGGAUAAAUCGUGCUGUGUUUUGCGUAUUUUGCAGUGCGAGCCAAGUACGCAGUGAAACUCUAGUCACAACAGUGAUCUCUUCCCCCUCGUGUGCGUGAGUGUGUGUUUGAAGAAGCAACAUAAAACGAACGAAAAAGGUGCCCCUAUCGUGUGUGAUAACAGAUUUCGUGAAAUCCACGUAAUUCCUUUAACGAAUACGCGUACGAGCUAACGUGUAGCAAAAAGUACAUACUUCUACUCAAGUCGCGCCGAAGUUUCUACGCCAAAAUGUCGUACGCUUACUUGUUCAAAUACAUCAUCAUAGGAGACACAGGUGUGGGAAAGUCAUGUCUGCUGCUGCAGUUUACCGACAAACGUUUCCAACCGGUGCAUGAUUUGACGAUCGGAGUCGAAUUCGGGGCCCGCAUGAUCACCAUCGAUGGCAAACAGAUUAAGCUACAGAUCUGGGAUACGGCCGGACAGGAAGCAUUCCGUUCCAUCACGCGUUCGUACUACCGUGGUGCUGCUGGUGCACUGCUCGUGUACGAUAUUACGCGCCGCGAAACGUUCAAUCACCUGACUACCUGGUUGGAAGACGCUCGGCAACACUCAAACUCGAACAUGGUCAUCAUGCUGAUCGGCAAUAAGAGUGAUCUUGACUCACGCCGCGAGGUAAAGAAGGAAGAAGGCGAAGCGUUUGCACGCGAACACGGUCUGGUGUUUAUGGAAACGUCUGCCCGUACUGCUGCCAACGUGGAGGAAGCGUUCAUCAACACGGCAAAGGAAAUCUACGAGAAGAUUCAGGAGGGUGUCUUUGAUAUCAAUAAUGAGGCUAACGGCAUCAAGAUUGGUCAGCAGCACUCUCCGACAAGCCCAUCGCUGGGCAGUGGCAAUAGCCCGGGUGGACCAGCUAGCAGUGGAUGCUGCUAAGCGUCGUGCCGCCAACCACCGACUAUCAUGAUGUGCAAUGCCGUACCCGACGAAGGUCCACCGUUGGGCCGAAGCUGGGAUGAAAUUAAGUAAAUUGGUCUAACAACUGGGAUUGGUAUAACGGGGGGUUUGCGUGUUUUAGCGUUCUAUCGGUAGUGUCCUAACUUUCCUACCUUCGGCAACCGGGAGUUGGCUGGCGGCUGUUUGGCCGCUAGUAAGCGAUGAAGGAAUGGGACCCGAGGUACGAACGCUAGAAAUGCAACAAAAGGCGAUCAAACAGAUGAAGAUAUGAAACAGUUGGGGUUGCAUUUUCCUUCCCUCCAUAGUAACAUGGAAAAAGUAAAACAAAUGAGAUGAGAAAAAAAAACAAUAAAACGGUAAAGCGACAAAGUGCAUAAUGCGUCAUAUGCAGUAUGAUGGAAGAUCAGUGAAUCAGGAAUGUAAGUGUGCUGUGUGGUCUUGAAUAGUCAGUGAAUGAUGCACACCGUAUGGAUCGAUGAUAAACUACGAUCAAACUACAAAGCUGAUACUACACUGGAACGACUGCUGAUAUACGAACAUAGACGCAUAGGGAAAGCGUGCAGCAUUAGAGCAUAAUAGAAAGGAAACACUAAAACUAAACUAAACCAAACCAAUUCCAAUCUUGUGAUGGGGAAUAAGUGUGUAAGUGUACGUGUGAAAAGUAACCAAGAGCAGAAGAGAGAGAGCGAGAGAAAACAUUAAUGCGAAAAUGAACAAUAAAAACGAGAUAAAAGACAAAACAAACAAGACAACAGCGAACAGAAAUGCAUCACUGAAAGACGAAGCACCCAGCUGAGGGACAAAAGCAGAGCGUGGAAUGCAAAAUUCCUAUAUAUCCGGACGCAGGAGAUGAUGAUCGCCUGGCCUCAAGCCCAUCUGUGGGGCGCAGUGGAACGAACGCGGUGUACUAUUUUGGGUGGAUGGCGGCUGUAAACUAAUAUCGUAAAUAUUUUUACUCUUGACAACACUAUACAACUAACAUUUCUCGAGCAGCAGCUUUCGAUGGGCUCUACCAACGGGCCACGGUUCCGGAUAGGGAAACUCUUGAAAAACACGCAACCAUUGCAUAAUAAUAUUGGCAUCAUGGCUUCAGCUGGAAAGCUCCUUUGCGUUUAUGGCUCAUGUUUGUUAGCAUAAUUUUCUCUAACUCGUCAAAAGUGUUUCGUUUGUGUCUUACAUUAUGCACUGCGCUUCAACUGCAACCCUUCCGUAGGUUUGGUUAUUACACACAAUUCGUUCAAAUAACCGCUUCGUUCCAUCUGAAUACAAUCAUUCAGAUCUGCCUCCUCGCGGGACUAAAUUUAGAUUUGAGUUGAGUUUGGCCUAAUGGCAGUAACUGAAAUAACGUACCAUAAAAAGUUAUCAGCAUGUUGCAAAACAUAUGUAAUAUUUAGUAUGUUAGUCCCACUUCCCUGCCAACACGUCUAUUCGUUACUGUGGCACAUUUAAUCCCACUUUAUCGAAGAUCUUCCCGUACAAUCUCAUAAUGUUACUUUAGCAAAGAUAUAAAACCCUUUUUGGGUAACUGAUAACGUGCAUAAACAUUUUGUUCUAGUUUGAUUUCCAAUUUUCCUCCCCAAUUUACAAUAGAAGAAAAUUAUACGCCCAAUAUGUCCCGUCUAAACAUCCUUAUAAUAUUAUAAGUUAGACAAUUUAAUUUAUAAACUUAAAUAGUUCUCUUUUCUUUCCUAACUUGGCUACACGCCUACGCCGCAGGUAAAAUAUCUUCUUAAUCUCCUCCUUCUUCAAUUGCCUGAUUGAUGAUACAUUAAACACAACCGAACUAAUAAAAGCGAUAAGAUAAGAGAUUUAAAUUUUCAGCAAACAAUUAACGAUUGCAAAACAAGAAUCCCAUAUGUACUGCAAAUUGGCACACUGAAAAUCACACACACACACACACCUUCACACAUACAUAUGGAUAAUUGUAAUGAUCGAGUGAUGGCAAAUAAGGACAUGAACCUACAGGGCAUCUCGGCCGACUAAUUGGCGGAAGAGACCAACUGGCAUAUGGUAUAGAUAAAAGUACAGAAAUAAAUAAAAAAAAACAACAACAAAGGCAACGGAACUGAAACCAGUUGUAUUCCACGUUUAGUGUUUGUUGUGCCAUUUGAUUGUUUCGUUUGCAAGGUGUGAACAAUACAAAUUCGAUAACAUGUACAAACUAUAUUUUGAUAUAAUUUUCU